CGACGUCACAGUAGGCCGGGUGAGCCGCUGUUGCUGAAGUGGCAGGCCUUAUUCCGUUUCAUGUAGCAAGGGUGAGAUCACAGACAUGGGAAGUGAGCAUUACUGCCUUAGGUGGAACAAUCAUCAAAGCAAUUUAUUGGGUGUGUUCAGUCAGCUGCUUCAAGACGAGAGCCUUGUUGAUGUAACGCUUGCUUGUGCUGAGGGACAUUCAAUCCGUGCUCACAAGGUGGUACUCUCGGCUUGCUCUUCCUACUUCCAGACUCUGUUUGUGGACCAUCCAAACCGUCACCCUAUUGUCAUACUCAAAGACGUUAGAUUUGCAGAAUUGAGAACUCUGGUUGAAUUCAUGUACAAGGGUGAAGUGAAUGUUGAGUACUGUCAGUUGUCAGCCCUGUUGAAGACUGCAGAGAGCCUGAAAGUAAAGGGUCUUGCAGAGAUGACGAACUUAAAUUCUGCAAGGGAAGAUAGAAGUGAGGGACAUCAACAGCAGCAACAACAACAACCAAAACACAGCAGCAUAAAUGUGCCAGACACACCAGUAACACCGGAAGUGGCAGGCACAACAAGACUGAUAAAUGAGGAUACUGAUACACCUCCUCCAGGUGGGAGCUUAUCACCACCCCCAAGCAAAAGGGCAACUCAAGUUCGACGUGACUCUGGUUGCAAUGACAAUGAGAGUUGUGAUGAAGGUGGGGGCGGGAGGGUAGAAACACCAGGUGUUAAUGAUCUCUCCUCAGUUCAUGGUGGUUGUGUAGGACCGAGUGACAUGUCAGUAACAACUAAUGCAACCUCAUGUAAUCCGCCCGCUACCGCGGUCACUGCCACAUGUUCAACUGCCACCAGCAGAUUGCCAUCACCACACAGCAAUGAGCCUAUGCCCGGCCCAUCUGGUUUGGUACCAGUACAGCAGGUUCCUUUGUCGUUGAAGAAGGAAGUAGAUUGGGAUCGAAGUGUAGGAGAUGACAGAAGCACCACGGGAGAAAGUUCCUCAGAUUACAGGCAUCCACAUGAACCUGGAUUUUUUAAUGGGCGUGCGGCCCAGCAGUUUUGUCGUGCCACCCAGCUGCGGUUUCAGGCAUAUCAGGAUGUAAUGGUUGUGGAUGGGCGGUAUGGACCUUCAUGUGCAGUAGCAGCUGCACGACAUCGUGGGACAGAAGUUCAGAUAAGUAAUCACAGUAGUAGGUCUUCCACACCAUUCCAGUUUCCCUUCCCACCAUUCAGCAGUAGCUAUGGUGGUGUAGGAGUUGGGAGUGAGGGUGGCGGUGGGGAGGGCUCUAGUAGGCAGAACUGCUCAAUACUAAGUCUUCUGCAGCAACAAGGCUUGAUAGCGUCUCCCUUGUCAGAGGAUGGUGGUAGGUCUUCUGUUGGUCCCAUGAGUGGUGGCAUGUUUCGUUGCAGUAUCUGCUUAGCUGCAUUUCCAUCAGCAUGGCUCUUGGAACAACAUACAAGUCUGCAACAUGCUUCACAGCCAGGUUCUGCAGAUGGAGAGGGCGUGGAGGAAAAACCCUUUAAAUGUGAUCAGUGUGGGCAGAGUUACCGCUACCGUUCAGCAUUCCUGAAACAUCGUGAACAGAAUCAUCGUGCAAGACUUCCUGCUGACAAGCUGUUCACCUGUGAUGUAUGUGGCAUGCAGUUCAGAUACCUUAAGUCUUUCAAGAAACAUCGUCUUAAUCAUGCACUUGAAAAACUGCACUCAAAAUCACCUCCUGAUCUAGAUUCAUUCGCCAAAGCAAUGAGAAACAAUGGAGGGCCAUUUACUGACAGAUCAAUUUUUCGAAGCAGCACAAAUGUCCCAGAAUCUUCAACAGAUUACAGUAAUAAGAUGUUCUUGAUGAUGCAGGGAGGAAGCCGACUGAAUGGUGAUGCAACAUUCUGCUCAUCACCAUUGUCAGGUGCCAGGGAAAGUGGCCGGGUGACUGCUCCUCCUACAGCAAUGCUCCCAUCAACAGAGAAUGGCAGUGACCAGGUAUCCAGUUCAAAUGAGGCUGUCGUAAGCAAUGUGACAGAUAUGAGCACGUGUGUUGCAUCUACAUUUGAACGAGCAGCAAGUGUGCCUGUAUCCAAAAUGGAGCAGCAAAACUUCUACAAAUUUUCUUUGGAUGAUUAUUAUUAUGGGAGUAGCAGUAAUGUUGCUGAAGGAACUAACAUUCUUACAAGAAGAGGUGCUAAGUCAGAUCGGAUGCUGGAUGGAGAACAGGACGAGACAAUAGAUUCCCUUGCAUUUGCACUUACAAUGGCUUCAGGUGGUGGUGGUGAUGCUUUCAGGUCUGCACAGGAAGCGUCACUUCUUAAUUUGUUGCGCCUAGAUGCUGCAGAGAGACAGCGUGAACGUCGCUUUGCAUGCCCGUUUUGUGGUAAGUGUGUGAGAUCUAAAGAAAACUUGAAGCUUCAUGUGCGUAAGCACACUGGAGAACGUCCAUUUGUUUGCUUGUUUUGUGGCCGAGCAUUUGGAGGGAAGAGCGAUCUGACUCGACAUCUACGCAUCCAUACAGGUGAACGUCCCUAUCACUGUGAAAUGUGUGGCAAAUGCUUUGCCCGAGCAGAUUAUCUGUCCAAACACCUCACCACACACAUCCAUAGCUCCCAGCGGUGAAUAUGUCACCUUCAUGCUUCCAAUAUUUGAAUGGAACUUUCAUCUUAGCAAUAAUACCAUGUAUUUGUUUCGUACCUCUGUGUGUUUGUUGUCAGAGACAAAUUUGAACACCUGCAAUUUCAUGUAUAUAUGAAGAGUUACUUCAGGGUUGAGCAGCUGCAUGACAUUUGUAUAAAAUAUUUGAAAGCAGCAUCCAGAGGUGAAUUAUGUUUCUCCAAGCAUACUUUUGUUACCCAGUUAUGGAUGUUUUCUUUGCUGCAUACUGUUCACAUGUCAGAAAUAUACAUAUAAUGUAAUCAAUAGCCAAGUUUUCAGAUUUGUUGUGAAGGGAUAUAACAUGUGGCAUUUAACUGCUGAUGCAGUUGAAUCUUCAGCAACUUCACACAGAAAAAAAAAACAUGUACAUGAAUGAAAGAUGGAAAUAAUAUUUGUGCAGUCAAAUGUAAUUUGUAUGCAGCCAACAAGCACUGAACUUAUAUUUUUCUGUGUAACUAAGAAGAAAGUCUGAGGUUAUGCUCCUCAAUACAAUACUUCCUUGCGUGUGCUCACAAUCAAGUGAGGGUUUACAAGUAUACAGUAAUAUAUUUUAUGUUAAUGCUAUUUUGUAGAUACAGUGUUUAGUAUAAUUAUAAAUGAGAGUUGAAAAUAAAUAUUAUUACUCAAGAUAAAUGGACAACAUAAUAAUAACAUUAGUAGUAGUAAUAAUAAUAAUAAUAAUACUGUAUUAUGUAAAAAACUAAUACCUACUGCCAAAAGAAUUAACUUGGGUUUGUAAGAGACUGCCUUUGCCAUGAACAGUACUGUGAGGCAUUGUAACACUGAAACUACAGGCAUCUGUAUCUUUCAGCGGUGAACUGUUAGUGCCAUUGUUUAGGACAUGGGUUUGUGAAGUGAAUAACUCUAGAAGCAAUACCGAUGGAAGAUUUGAGGGAGUUUGUCACUCCUUGCCUCCCAAUCCUUAUAAGACAUAACUGAACUUGUUAAUUGUCAGUGAUGGGAAAAGGUGUUUAUUUUUAAUGUAUUGCCACAAAACUGCAUAAUUGUGUAUGUUGUAUAGCAUAUUUCUUGUAUAAUAGUGUUACGAUUUUUAGUGAAGUGCAAUACUACUAUAGUUCUAAAUAACAUACACUAUUGUAUAAGAACAUUCGCUUAACAAAAAUAAUAAUCAUGCUAGCAUUGUACUAACACAGGUUAUUAACACCAGCAUUGCUAUUGAGUUCUGUGAUUAGUCAGAAUAAACGUAACGCUUUUUUCAUAAAGGAUUGUGUGGAGAGGCACAGUCAGUCCAAUAAUACAGGCUGCUGAGGGCAGUAUAUGAUAGAGAAUUUGUAAUACACUGUUUACAAUCACAUAGUGUAACAUAAUAAUUACUUUUAUUAUGGAAGCUGUCAUUUCACCAACUUAUCAUUGUAAUUACAAUUCCACUGCCAUACUAAGGAGAUCUAAAAUUCUGUUGUUGGUCAGUUAGGUUAGUCAUAUUUUAAGGCCACAUUGAAUAGGUCUGAAUUUGAAGCAAUCCUGAGGAAGUGGAACAUAUUUUCUGCAUCUAUUCACUGUAGUCUUGGACCUGUGUUUGACUGUUGCAAAGAUUUAUCUCAUUGCUGAUUAACUGCACACAAAGUAUACAGGUGAAGGGAGAUUAGAAUUUAGGCUACUGAAGAGAUGGCAAGAAAUCAUAACUGACAAUACUGUGAUGAAUAUAAAUUUUCCAUUUGUAGCACAGAAGAUGGCAAUGUGAGUUCUAUUUCCUCAUACAAGCGGUCAUUGCAUAUUCAGAUUGUGGCUUACAGCACAAUUCUUGUAGAUGGGUACCAACAUUUUGGAGGAACUUGCAGUCUCCAUCUUCAGGGUUGAAGCUAGUAGGGUUAUAUGUGGCCAGUCACAUGAGAAGAAUGAUGAGGAUUGACAUGAGAGUGCAUGUUGGUGGUGGGUAGUCAGAACUGCAGGAAGGGGAGAAGAGAUCCCUGUUCUGGCACAUAGGAUUAGUGAUCUGGAAAAUAUGAGGAGAAAACAGGUAUUUGCAUGACACCUAUAGACUGGAAAGGUUCACCAUUCCCACUUGUUCCUUUGUUGAUUCAUGUAACCAGACCACAUAUAACAAGAGUUAACUGUGACACAAAAUGGAGGCAAUCUACCUACAAGACAGCAUCAUGUCAGAACCCAGAAAAUCACAAGCUGAAUAUCAGUGACUGAAAACCUCAGAUCUUACAGUUACUACUUAUGUUCCUAUCCUGCUAAGGUGAAUGGAGUGAACACUGAAUUUUUCAAUAUUAUAGACACAUUUCUAAUUGUACAGUUGUUGUCGGUCAUGUUUUGUGGUAUACUUUAGUCUUACAUUUUUUUAUAAACUUGAGAAGUAUUACAAGUUUCAUUGCAGUAAAUGAGAAUAAUAUGAAAUAUAGAAACAAAUGAUAAAUUUAACCAAAGCUGAAAACAUGGAAUUAUUUGUAAGAAUGUCUGUUGCUGCCAGUUUAAAUCAGGCAGCUGUGUGUGUGUGUUUUUUUAUAUAUAUUUUAAGAAGAAGAGUUCUUGAAUAUUUUCAACUUUCGAUCAUGUUCAGUUUAUUGUAUGAUUUGCUGUGGCAGGCAUUGGAUUGGUGAACAGUGCAUGUUAAAUUUUAAUUGAUCAUUGGGAGACCUAGGCAUAGAUGAGAAGGUACAAUCUGCUGGUCUAGUGACAGGCUCAUAUGAAUACAGUAAUGAAACUUCAGGUUCCAUAAAGGAAAUUUUUUGACUAGCUGACAAUGUUUAGCUUCUCAGAAAAGACUGUAACCAAGUUAAUUUUGAUGAUUAUCCAGAAUGUUGCUGUUUCAUGUCUCAUGAUUGGCAUUGAUAUGCUGAAUGAAGUUUUUGUAUUUUCUCAUAGGCAAAUUUCAGUAUAGUGUCUCAAAUUAGGCCAUGACUUAUUUGUUCACAAUUUGAUAUUCACUUAUCCUGUCAUUUUGUGCUGUGUAGUCUUUGCUAUUAACAGCGUUAUCAAGGCAGCCACAAGUAGACAAGUGAAGACUUUUCUCUUUCGGCUCACAGAUGGCUCUGUUAACUCUUAUUAUUAACAUCUCUGUCAUCCUUUAAUUUGUCUCGACUUUUAUCCCCCAGUUUAUGAUGUCCCACUUAAAGAAUAUUCUAACUCUUAUCUGUAUGUCACUAUUUUAUUAUAAAAUUCUUUUCCAGUGGUCUCCCUGUCUAAUUUUUAUUGGGGUUUAUGUGUGUUUGCUGCUGCUAUUUUAUUGCUUUACACACUGCUAUUCAUAUCUUGCAAUGUAAAUUGUGUUAGAGAGACAGAUUAAAUGACAUUACUUUCUUGCAUAUACAAAGUUAAUGAAGAUGUUGCAUCCCAGAUGACAUCAAUUGUGGCUGUAGAUGUUCACAAAAGCAGCAUUUUAAGACAUAUUCCAUUUCUGACUAGUUAUAAAUUAUUCUUUAUCCUUAAACAUAAUACAAAGUGUAAAGGGGUGGUCUGAAGUUUCUUUAUAAUAGAUCUCACCUACCGCAGUUAGCAGUGUUAGGGUCUCAAGGAAAAUAUUACAGGUGUAAAGAAAUUUAAACUAACACUAUGACAGUUUUCAACCAGACUUUAUACUUUCAUGUAGAUGUCUCUGAGUUAGUACAUAAUUACAUUGUGUUGUCCAUCCAAGUGCUGACAUUUCAGUGCCAGGGGUUUUGAAAUCUGAAAAUGUAUGUCACUUAUUUUAGUACUGGUAAAGUUUAUUAAAAAAGAAACUUGGGUUAAGAGUGGGUGUAUUCACUUACGUAAUUUAAAAUGAGCCCAGAUUAACUUUAUCAUUUCUAAUGAUUAUGAAACUGGUGCAGCCUGUAAUGUGUAAAAAUGGGGAUAAUAACACAGUGUCACUGUUCCUUUAACCUCCCCAUAUUUUUAGCAGUGUCUCAGCUCAUGCUUAUAAGUAUUUUCUUUUCUGGAUGAUCGUGAUGGCCGAAAGAAAUUGUGUAGCAUUUUGUUUGACUGUAGAGCAUUUUUCUGAUAUUCAGUAUUACAAUUUAGUUUCAGAGCAACCACACGAAGGUUGUUUUCCAUAAUAUCUCAGAAUUUUAUUUCAGAAACUUCUGACAAGAUCAUAGGCAUUUAUGUAUCCAUAAAAAUUCCCUUCUAGUUUAUUCAGUCAAUUUAAAAUUCUCUAAGGAAGGCUGUCUCUGCUUGCUGAAGUUGUAAGACUGUAAGGUCAUAUAAGUCGAAAAGUAGUUGUUGAAAUUGGUCCAAACCAUAGGGUGAGAACUAAAUCUGAAUAAUAAAGUGUAUCUAGGUAAUACAAGUAUUACAUUCUUUCAGUACUCAUAUAUGUAAGAAGAAAGAUAAAGUGGAGUUUUGUGUGUGUGUGUACUCUAACAGAAGAGUCACACUCCCCCUUUCAUGUCAUAUUGAUCUGUGGUGCAUAAAUUUGCUUAGCUAAAGAACUGAAUAGAAAAUUUAAUUUCUUAAGUAUGAGAGAAUAUGUAAUAAAUUUCAUAUUCUCUCAUACUUAAGAAAUUAAACAUAUUAAGAAAUGCUUCUCAGGCUAGAAAUCGGGUUUCAUUUUGCUUCCAUCUUUUCCAACAAUUUUAAAAAUAUUUGUCAGUCAGUAACAGUCAUCUUAAUAAUAAAAUUAUUUCUGAAGAAUUCUGCUCUCUGCUAGUGUUAGUAUGAUGCUAGAUCUUGUUUCUUCAUGUUUAAUAAUAACUAUACAGCUCAAAAGAUCAACAUUGUUGAAUCCCUGGUGAUUGUUGUGGCAUUUCAUGAAUAUAUUGACUUAAACUCUUCCUUGAAAGAGUGUUGUAUGUACAUGUUUUAGUGGAACCUAAAGGUACAAUCUGGAACAGAUUUAGAAUUUCAGCAAUGUACAUGAAGCAGGCGAAUUCAUGGUGUUUCAUUCAUCUUGUAUAUUUGGUUCUGUCCAUUGUCAUAUUCAAAAUUUUAUUGAUAAUGUUUCCACCCGUCUAUACAAACCUUGCUUGAAUAUCUCCUAGGCCAAAAGCUAUUUUGACCAGUUCAUAAAGGAGGCUAGAAAACGUUAACCUACUUUCUUUUCUUCUUUCCUUUAGCACAGAGAAUUGUACUACCAUAUAGAAGUUUGUGGAGUGUGGGUGUGUUGUGUACAGAGCACCUAAUCAUACUGAAGCUGAACUUCUGAUAAAUAUUUGGUGCUGUUGUAAUUUACAUUUUUAAUAUUUUGUCUGUGUUUAAAUGGUGAUAUUAUUGUCGUCGUCGUUGUGGGGUGAGACUAAAUCCCAUAGUCCCUAGGGCACAGUUAGGGCCAUCUUACUAGCCCUUUUUAAUAGUUGUGUGAAUGGAUCAUUGGUGGGAUGAACAUUGGAGAGAAAGUUUCCCCAGAACCACUUUGCCUACCACAAAUCCCAUGUGGACUCCUCUAUAAUUUAACCCAGGCCACUACUAGUGAGAAACCAGCUACUAACCACCUGAUCUACGGCAGAUGUUAAAUGAUGAUUAUACAUCAUGUUUGAGCCCACCUUCUGCUACCAUGGUUCAUUAUGAUUCAAGUAAAGUAACAGAUGUGGAGAACACAUAUUCUGCUUCUGUAUGUGAUUGUCCUCCUUUUGUUAUCUUAAAACAAUAAAACAUCUGGCUUCUGAGUUUUGAUUUUGGGGGUUAGCUGAUCAGUGGAUUGAAGUGUUUGUGUAUUUCAUUACAGAAUUACAUAACCAAAUUCUGCUUUUGAUCAGAGUCUCAUUACAAAUUCCUUCCCAAGGGUGUAUAUCUUGCGCACACAACUGUGACUGCAUUUGCCCAAAGUGCUAAUUGAGUAUUAGUGUGUCUGAUGAGUAAAAUUAACCACCGUAUUUAGGCUUAUGAACUGUAUGUUACAGUAGUGAGUUGCAAAACUGAAUUAAGCAGGAAUAAAUCAAUAAAAUGAAAUCUUUGACCUUUUGGAGGAACUUGUGUUUCAUGGUUUGUUUGAUAGCUAAUUCAUAUAAUCAUAGAGUACAGAGUAAUAUGAUAUAACAUUUAUUUUGUAGACGAUUUUCUUACCAUUUUGUGACAUUACCCAAGUGAUGCAGUUCUGCCAUGCCAGCGGUGUAAUGCUAGCAGAAUAAUAGAGCCUUUCAGUUAUUAAUAACAUAUAAACACUUGAUCUAACUUGUCAUGGAAAACAAAGUAUUACAACAUAUGAAGUAUGUAGGAACUUAGAUAAAUGGCUUAUAAUAGGUAAUAAGAUGAAAAUGUGAAAUUUAUUACACAUUAUAAUAUAAAGAAACACACUUGUUUUACAGAAUAGUAAUGUGGUUUGGUUACAGAAACCUCUUAAAGGGAUAUGAACUUGGUGUAUCGUAGGGCAGUGAAUUAGUCCAAACGUUUCUGCAAAGAAGGGAAAGGCUGCAAACAUACUACACACAGGAGUGAUAUCAUUUAAUAAACAAAAUAAAAAAUGGUCUACAAAAACUGAUAACACUUCUCAACAGUUAAGGUUGUUUGUCAUGCAUAUAGAAAUCAAAUUUGUAGCUUCUACGAUCUUGCAGUCAGCUGCAACUGUGCAUAUGCCCAUCCAGCAUACUGGACACACCUGUACUACAGUUAAUUAUCCAUUCUGAACUCUCCACACACACAAAACGUACAUUGAUUGGUUCCAAACAAAUCUGUAUUGUGUAAGGAAUCAUCAUUAUAGAGACCAUCUUCAUCAACUCACAGGAUGUACUGGGCUGUAAAGUUGGAAUGGGUUAAAAUUCUGAGACGUACACCUUUUUGUGUGCGUGUGCAUGUAUGCUUGCGUGCUUCCUGGUUCUAGAGGAUCAGGCUUUGGUUCUGUAGAGCAGAAUGGGCCUGCCACACUUGCAAUGUGUUUUUCCUCAACAUCUGUUUUGGCGUCAUGAAUGAUGCAUGCUGGCUGUUAUCUCAAGUCUGCAUUUGGAGUAAAGUCUUCAUUAAAUUUAUGGGGAUUUGGAGUGUAUAUUUUAGCACCAGACAAGCCUGAUACAGCUUUUUCAGUUGUUACUACCCUCUCUAAUGCCAUAUUGAAAAAUCUGCCAAUUCAUAGGGAGUUAUUUUUGAUGGUCAUGGUUCUUCAUAAAGGAGUCAAACUGUGUGAUUAUAGCGUAUUUCAGAGGGCUGAUGAAGGUGAGAUUCAGCGGUUGCAUAUGGUGAGAUGUGUGCGGUAGAAAUGAUACUAUUACAAUGAAAUUUGCAUUGGAAAAUUUAUUUAUACUGAUGGUUCUGUGGCUAUUGUGGUUGUCUAAAAUUAGCACCUUGAAAAAUUAGAAGAUAUUCUGUGAUAUUUCAGUAAAAACAAACAAAUGCAACACUACAGCCCACAAUUAACUGCUCACCAUUGAGUUGUGCUUUUGUCUCAAAAUGUCAGUGUAGUCAAAGAUGGGUGGCAUGCUUUACCUCAGUUGGCGCCAUUGCCCACACUUCCCCUACUGCGAUUCAAUAGAAUCAGUGCUACAUGUUGGAAAGGAACAUAUAUUAUGCUCCUUGAACUGCCCAAACAAACCUUGACACUUACUCAUAUGAAAUAAGAUGCAGAUGAACGUAAUGGUUAUAGCUUACUCAGUAUUCACUUUUAAUUGGCAUUUAUAGUGGUAUGUUAACAGUGUUUCCUGCCUGUAUUGAAAAUGAUAGGUCUGUGGGAUGUCAAAUCCGGUAGCACGGAGAGACAACUAUGUCAGUUUCGGUAACGAAUAUGUGGACGAGCUUAUUACAACAACUAAACACACUCCCAAUUUUCCAGUCUGUUGUGCCUUUGUUAGUCUUUUACUUAAUAGUGCUUCGGACAAUGGAAUAUUCUCCACUUCUUUACUGUCUUCUCAUCUGUUUUUGGCCUCCAGUUGGUCCAUGCUGUGUAACUUAGGCACUGACUGGAAAUGAAUCACUCACUUCUACAGUUUGGUUUGUGUUUCAUACCAAUUAGUUUCCAUGGGAACCUGAGUACUGAGCCAUUGUGUAGCAGCGGAUGGUUCGUAGACUGCGAUUGACAACUGGGGUGUCAGAGGUUUGCAUCUUUUCACGAUGUCGCCAACGGCGCUUGAAUCAGUGGCCGCUGGAGCUGCCUUGGAGCAUGUAGUUUGUGCAACGGGAGCAGCGGCGCACCAGGUGGUGGUAUGGCCGGGGUUGCAUCGACCAUGGGCUUGAAGGUGAUGGUGGUGGUCCCACGGUCAGUCUCAUUCAUCUUGUAGGCCGGCUUCACCCUGUCUGUUAACAUGGUGACAUGCCUGUGACACACGAGGAGUUGCAGUGCCUUCCCUCUCCUUAACAGGAUGUGGGAGGGGCCACUGUAGGGGGGCUCCAAAGCCCGAUACGUUGGAUCCUGACAGUGGAAGAUGUACAUGCACUUCUCAAGGUCACUGUGCGAAGGUAUGGCGUGCAACCGGAACUGUCCUGGGGCAAUCGAUGUGUUGGUGGAACUCGGUGAUGAGGUGCGUUGGAGCCAGUAGCUCGCUGGGAAUUCGUAGGGGCUCUCCCUAUACAGGUUCAGCUACUGAUGGCUGCAGGUCCUUUUCAAAUGCCAUGCGGAUUCCAAGGAUAACCAGAGGAAGCAGCUCUGUCCAGUGUUGGUCCUCAUGGUGCCUGAUGGCUGCCUUAAGCGUUCGGUGGAAGCGUUCCACAAGUCCGUUAGCAGCGGGUUGAUGGGCACUUGUCCAUCAGAGCUAAAUCAUUGAUUAUGACUAAUUGUUGAACAAGAUAAUACUAAAAAAAGUAUGAAGGCAUUUGUCUUGUUGCAUAAUGUAUAACAUUAAUUAUUUGCUGCAGAGUAUUUAAAAUGGACAUUAAUUUUGUCAUUUUAUUAGCUUUCAUAUCUAAAAUGAUAGAUCAUGUAACAUUGUCAGUAUAUGCAGAUGUGUUAUUUUUUUAAUGCUGACCACCAUAGAACUUCAUUUUUGUUCAGUAAUGCAAUUUGAAAAAGUUGCAAAUAUCAUGGUUGUAACUUUUUUCUUUUUCUCUCGGCAGUGGUUGAAUGCCUUAAAGCAGACUUGAAUCUUUUCUGCUGAACUUGUCCUUAUUCAACAUAUUCAUAUCAGCUGUCUUUUAUUAAUCGUUAUGAUCCACAAAUAAGUACAGUAGCCAUAGUAUUAUUUUUCAUAUGCAUAAUUUAAAUUAAAUAUAUGUGAUGUACUUAUAUUACAGUCUCUCAAUUAACUGUUCAGUCAGUCCUUUUAUUACUUAUUUUUUAAUGGACCAGUGCUACAGAAAUAUGACACAGACUCUUUUCUUUUGUCUUCCCACCCUCCUAUUUAUAACAGUAUAACAAUUAACAUUGGACAUGAAGGUCAAAUGAUGGGCCUCAUAUGUCUUGUGUUGUUCUAGUCAGCCCUCCCACUGCAUAUCUAAAGGUAUGUUCCAUGCUUUCCAUGGCAUAACUCUGGCAGCAUGAAGUUACUUAUCAAUCUUUGCCAAACCAUGUAACAGUAUGUGACAUAGCAUCACAGUCAAGUAGUUAGAAACUCUUGCUUUGUAUUUGAGAGGUCCUUGGUUCAAAUCUUAGCUUGGAGACUGGCUAUUCUGGCAAAUUUGUUAUGAUUUUCCUUUGUCCCUCCAGGAGAAUACCAGGAUAAUAUCUUCAAUUAGGACAUAACUACUUACUUCCUCAUCCUUCCCAGUUCAUUAUUCAUGAAGUCAUCUAAUUAUACAAGCUGGGCAAUUGAAAACAUAAGUCAAGAAUAAAUGCAUAUUAGUAAAAGUAAAAAAGUAAAGCUAUCCCUGUAACAGGCCAUGAAGGCCCAUAGGGA